UCUUCAAUCUGUCAUUGAGAUGGACUCUCCAAUCUCGAUGGGUCUCCCUGGAACAUCCACUGGCAGGUCGCUCCAGCUUUUGUGACAAAUCACGUGCAGGGGGGAGUUGCUAAAGGCCCUCGAAAAUCAUGGCCUUAGGAUUGGUCUGGGCCGAUUCCUGCAGAUCGUGUGGGUGGAUCGCUUCUUAUGAAGAAGUCUCUCCUGUCAACCUUAGGCCUUGCCAUUCUCAACAGACAAGCCUUAGUUGCAGACGAGGGAUAUCUGCACACGUUUGGAGGUCUUAUGCAAUCUCAAGGGUCCAUCCCGUCUCUAAACGGGGUAAGAAGAAAUUAGAGUAGAAGGGAUCACCAGAUUCCACCCUUGUACUGAGGACCGUUGCAUUUGGUCAAGGUGGAAUGACUGAAGAAACUAUUGAAUGCCUGAAGGGAAUAGAGGAUCUUGGAUGCCGGCCUUGGUCAUCAUCGUUGUAGAACAGUCUUGUGUACGUUUUAAUUAAAGCAAACUGUCCCCACGUAGCUCAGCUUCUCUAUCAGCGAAUGUGAGGUGCUGGUUGCUGUCCAGAUUCCUGCACCUUCAAUACUCUUCUAGUUGGAGUGAGUUGCAAUUCUGAAAAUGCAGAGAGUUUUCGAAGUAAUGAAGCAUCAGUCGAGCAAACCGACUGCGGCGACAAUUGCUAUUCUUCUCAAUGUUCUCUGCCAAGCAGGAAAGCUAGAUGAAGCGUGGAGCCCGUUUGCAACUAAGAGGGAUUUGGCAAAUGCAGUCCUCACUAACACUAUGAUCCAUGGCCUUUGCAAGCCUGGCCGCAUUGAGCUUGCUUUAGAGCUAUUUCAACAGAUGAAGGAGAAGAAGCUACGUCAGCAGAAGGCCAUUUUCAAUAUCCUCAUACAUGGUCUUGCCUGCAGGGCCGAAGAUGCUCUUUGACUCUUCAUACGCCUGGUGAACUGGGAAAUGGUACCGGAUGUACUCACCUCUAACGUGGCAUUGAGAAUUCUGAUCAAAUAUUGCCUGUUGCCUGAAGCAUGGAGGUUUUUCGAGGCGAUGGUAAUAGAGAACUUGAGUCCUGAUGGUAAUACCAUCAUGGUAUCACAUACGGCAUGCUUAGUGAUGUAAUUUGUCAAGAGGGU